CUGCUUCGGGGCUCGCAGGAUGCCGGCGGCGCGACGGCGCGGAGUGCGAGUGCUGUGGCCGCUGCUGUGGGUGGCCCUGGUGCGCUGCUACAACGUGGACGUGGGGCGCCCCGUGGUUUUCCAGGGUCCCAACGGCUCCUUCUUCGGGUACUCGGUGCUGCAGCACUACCACGACAGCACGCGAUGGGUCUUGGUUGGUGCUCCGAAGGCAGAAUCUAAAUACAGCACCUCUGUUCAGUCCCCAGGAGCAGUGUUUAAAUGUCGAGUCCAUACCAAUCCUGAGAGAAGAUGCACAGAACUGGAUAUGGGACGAGGCAAUUCUCGGGGCACACCCUGUGGAAAGACCUGUAAAGAAGACAGAGAUGAUGAAUGGAUGGGUGUGAGCCUGGCUAGACAGCCGAAGGCUGGUGGAAGUGUGCUGGCAUGUGCACACCGCUGGAAAAACAUCUACUAUGAGACAGAGUACAUCUUGCCCCAUGGCUUCUGCAACAUCAUUCCUCCCAACUUGCAGUCCAAUGGGAGAAGGCUCUUGCCCUGCUAUGAAGAGUACAAGAAGAAAUAUGGGGAGGAGCACGGUUCAUGCCAGGCAGGGAUCGCAGGCUUCUUCACCGAGGAGCUGGUCAUCAUGGGGGCACCAGGAUCAUAUUAUUGGACAGGAACUGUCAAAGUACUGAAUCUCACUGACAACACAUAUUACAAGCUGAAUGAUGAUGCCGUGAUAGCCAGGCGGUACACAUACCUUGGAUAUGCAGUGACAGCAGGUCAUUUCUCUCAGCCGACUACCACUGACAUUGUAGGAGGAGCUCCCCAGGAUGGAGGCAUUGGAAAGGUUUAUAUUUUUAGAACAGACAGACGAUCAGGCUCUCUAAUAAAGAUUUUUCAGGCUUCAGGAAAAAAGAUGGGCUCUUACUUUGGCUCCUCCUUAUGUGCAGUUGAUCUGAAUUCUGAUGGGUUGUCAGACCUGCUGGUUGGAGCACCUAUGUUUUCUGAGAUCAGAGAUGAGGGUCAAGUCACAGUCUAUAUCAACAGAGGAAACGGAGUGCUGGAAGAGCAGCUCAUCCUGGAUGGUGACAGCGCUUAUAAUGCACACUUUGGGGAGACCAUAGCCACCCUCGGUGACAUUGAUGACGAUGGCUUCCCAGAUGUUGCCAUUGGAGCACCUAAGGAGGAUAACUACGUAGGAGCAGUGUACAUUUACCAUGGCGAUUCCAAUGGUAUUAUACCUCAGUACUCUAUGAAGCUGUCUGGGCAAACAAUAAACCCAAAGCUGCGUAUGUUCGGCCAGUCCAUAUCAGGGGGAGUUGAUAUGGAUAGCAAUGGUUAUCCAGAUAUGACUGUUGGAGCCUUCUUGUCAGACAAUGUGGUACUUCUGAGAUCCAGGCCUGUCAUUACCGUGGACAUCUCCAUUUUCCUGCCUGUAUCUAUCAAUAUCACAGCUCCUCAGUGCCAUGAUGGCUUGCAGCCAGUGAACUGCCUCAAUGUCACAGCAUGCUUUCGCUUCAGCGGCAAGCAUGUUCCUGGAGAAAUAGGUUUGAAUUAUAACUUGACUGCUGAUGUGGCAAAGAAGGAAAAGAGCCAUCAACCCAGAGUUUACUUUGUGACUUCUGGAGAGACAGCAGGGCAGAUCACAGAGAAGUUACAACUGUCAUAUAUGCAGGAAAAGUGCGAGCAUUACCUAGCAUAUGUCAAGAAAAGAGUCAAAGACGUCAUCUCUCCAAUUGUAUUUGAAGCUGCAUACAGCCUUUGGGAACAUGUGAUAGAAAGAGGAAAAGAGGACAAGGAACUACCUGCUCUCAAACCCAUUCUCCGUUGGAAGAAAGGACAAAAGAUAGCACAAAGGAAUCAGACUGUUUUUGAGAGGAACUGUCAAUCUGAUGACUGUGCUGCUGAUUUGAAACUUCAUGGUAAAUUACUGCUGUCAAGUGUUGAUGACAGAACUGCCUACCUGGCCCUGGGAGCAGUGAGGAACAUUUCGCUUAACAUUUUCAUCUCUAACAUUGGGGAUGAUGCCUAUGACACCAAUGUUUUCUUCAAUUUUUCUGGGGAGCUCUUCUUCAUCAAAAUGUGGCAAAAGGAGGAGCUGGGCAUUGCCUGUGAGUUGCUGGAAUCAGAUUUCCUCAAGUGCAGUGUGGGAUUUCCUUUCAUGAGAUCAAAUUCUAGGUAUGAGUUCAGUGUGAUCUUUGACACAAGCCACUUGUCUGGGCAGGAAGAAACGCUUACCUUCCUUGUCACUGCCCAAAGUGGAAACCUAGAACGCAGUGAAUCUCUGCAUGAUAAUAUUCUAACCCUGUCGGUACCUCUGAUGCAUGAAGUGGCUUCGUCCAUCAAUGGAGAAGUCUUCCCUACUUCAUUUUUCUAUGGCGAUUCUGUGGAAGCGUCCAACUUUGUUCAGUUGGAAAACCAUGAAUGCCUUUUCCAGUCUCUCAACUUCACCCUGCAGGUUUACAAUGCUGGACCAAGCACUCUCCCUGGAGCUUUUCUCGACAUUUCAUUUCCAAACCGCCUCUCUGCCACUGGAGACGAAAUAUUUCAUAUUCAGCAGAUGAUGGUUGGCCAGGACAAAGGAAGCUGUUCUUUCCACAGAAACCACAGCCCAUGUGUUGUUCCUCAAGAGAAUGAAAAUAUUUUCCACACAAUAUUUGCUUUUUUCACGAAGUCUGGCAGAAAAGUAUUGGACUGUGAAAGACCAGGCAGGUCCUGCUUAAUUAUACACUGCAACUUAAGCUCACUACCCAAAGCAGAGUCCUGUGAUAUAAGUAUCUACAUGCUACUGAAUACCGAGUUACUCAAGAAGGACAGUUCCUCGGUCAUCCAGUUUGUCACAAGGGUAAGGCUGAGGAUGGACGGUGACCUCAGAGUUGUGGAGGUGCCGAGUGGGAGCCCACAAGAAAAAUCAGUGGUCUUUGAGGCUUUACACAAUCUGGAACCUCGUGGAUAUGUUGUCGGAUGGAUCAUUGCCAUCAGUUUGCUGGUGGGAAUUCUCAUCUUCCUAUUGCUUGCUGUGCUCUUAUGGAAGAUGGGCUUCUUCCGCCGGAGGUAUAAAGAAAUUAUUGAGGCCGAAAAGAGCAAAAAGGAGAAUGAAGAUAGUUGGAACUGGAUCCAGAAAAACCAAUGAACUGCCCAUGAAAACUAAAGCCCAGUCAUGUGACACGUGCUCACUAGCCUAUAGAUCCUGCUCUCAUAUCUUCCAUAUGUGGAAGAAGGAAUCUUCUCCAGAUUUUUCGGAGACCCAUUGAUACUGUGUCUUUAUCACUCAAAAAAACUAGGGAACAUAUCCUGAGGCAACCACUGUAGCCAUGUCAGGUGACUGGAGCAAUUCAUACUUCACUUAAGAGUUGAACUUUGAACUUUGGUAACCAAGCUGCAGUGCAGAGCAAUAUUUAUGAAUCCAACUAUUUGGUAUACCCUCAGGGGAAGACUGUUACCUAAAAAUAUAUUUUAUAAAUAUAAGCUUUUUAUAUUGAGUAUGUCUUUAUAUUUGUAUCAAUGUUUUAUAAUUUCUACUGAAUAGUGUAUAGUUCACUCAGGCACUGAUAUCUGGCUAAAUCUUUGAAAAUACAUAUGUAUAUAUAUAAAUUCUAUUGUACUUUUAAACUUCAAUGCGAGAGAAAAGAGAUUUGCAGAGAAAAGUGACUGAAAUCCUCAUAUACUUAAUUCACAAGGCUUGGUAGUAUUGUGUAUAGACCAUUUAAUGGAUAUAAGCCAAAAUCUUUUCAUAGUCUCUUUCUUUGAGUUGAACUUGUUGUUUGAUUUGUAAGCUAAAGAACCUGAAGUAUUUCACAGUUGUGAUAUUCUGGAUCUUGAGUCUGUCCUUUACUGGCCUGAAUGGGAGAGGAUGAAAACGCUUCCUCAGUGAUAUGUAGCAAGAUGCAGAUUGCUUUGGUUCACUGGAGAAGGUAUCACAGAAUGUUUUCCUUUGGGAAUUUUUCUUUUGCAAUCUCUAGGAUUUUUAUAGUAGUCUAGGAUUGUACAAUUGAGAUACCAGAAGGAUAUAAUUGGGCUGACCAUUAUGGCAUUGGCAAAUUCCUUGGAAUAAAAAAAAAAUUAAAUGGAGUCAUAUUAAUAUUAAGAGGGAUAUUUUUAAAGCUACUGUUCAAGAUUGUAAUCUUGUUGCUGUCAAAUCAAGUGAUAAAUUGCUACAAGCUACAAGCAUUAUGUCUCCCUUGUGAGUUAUAUACAUAAGUCAUGAGUUUGUUUAUAUGAUAAUUUUAAGAGAGAUAAGUAGAUGCAAGGGUUAAAAUGUUUGGAUCUUUGAGUCUCAAGAUUCCCUGUCUGGGUGUUCCAAGUACUGAAUGCCAUCCUUCUUCAACCGUUAAGAAGGAAGUUCAGUCAAGGUGCAGAUGUUACUGGCUCUCAUAUUUCCACUUUGGUUGCUGGUAAUUACUUAACUCGUUUGUUGAAUUAGAAGAGACCUAGUUGUAAUUAGUUCAACUGUGUUUCUUUAAAAAGCUCUUGGAUUUCUCAAUAGAAAUAGUGGAAUUCUGUAAGAGUUGGGUUUAGAUUCUACUUGUGUUUUGCACUUUGUGUAAAUAAGAAGUAAGUGUCAUGUUGGUAUAAAAUCCGUAUAAAGGAAAGAAAGGUCAAGCUCAUUGGUAGAAAGUGAAACUAGGGUUGAAAGGUUGCAGGAUGUCUUAUUCCUUAAGGGUAUGGUAAAAGAACAUUAUAUCCAUUAUAGCUUCAAAUUUUAAAAACUAAACUCAUCCAUAUUCCUGUUUGCUUUUUACCCCCACUGGCAUUAAGUGUCUUCUAUUACUACAGUAUUGAUCAAUAUUUAUUAACUAUUAACUAUCUGUAUGCAUUAGGGAAAAAAUAGUUUUAAAGUGAAUUAAGUUUAUUGAUUCAACAUCUGACAAGAAAAGCUAUUGGUCUAUUCAGUUAUUUUUCUUAAAACAAUCAUUGGUGACUUGACAGAUUCUGUGUAACAAAUGAUCAUUUAAACCAGAAUCCAAGGCAAAGUGCUGUUAUAAUCACAUGUAGUAGAGUACAGAUUUUUCUUUAGAGUGCAAAA